AGGUGCCGCUCCUCCCCAGCUCCCAGGCCGAGGGCGCAGCUCCGCCCCGCCUUCCGCGGAGGCAGCCGUCCCCUACAUCCGGGUACUGACUCCAGCCGCCCAGACUCUGGCACUAUGGUCAUGGCGGAGGGGACGGCUGUGCUGAGGCGAAACAGGCCGGGCACCAAGGCUCAGGAUUUCUAUAAUUGGCCUGAUGAAUCCUUUGAUGAAAUGGACAGUACGCUAGCUGUUCAGCAGUAUAUUCAACAGAACAUAAGAGCAGAUUGUUCCAAUAUUGAUAAAAUUCUUGAACCACCAGAAGGCCAAGAUGAAGGUGUAUGGAAGUAUGAACAUUUAAGGCAAUUCUGUCUUGAGCUCAAUGGACUAGCUGUCAAACUUCAGAGUGAAUGCCAUCCAGAUACAUGUACUCAGAUGACAGCAACUGAACAAUGGAUUUUUCUUUGUGCAGCUCAUAAAACUCCAAAAGAGUGUCCCGCUAUAGACUAUACCAGACACACACUUGAUGGUGCUGCAUGUCUUCUGAAUAGCAAUAAAUAUUUUCCUAGCAGGGUUAGCAUAAAGGAAUCAUCUGUAGCAAAACUAGGAUCAGUAUGCCGUAGGAUUUACAGAAUAUUUUCACAUGCUUAUUUUCAUCAUCGGCAGAUAUUUGAUGAAUAUGAAAAUGAAACAUUUUUGUGUCAUCGGUUUACUAAAUUUGUGAUGAAAUACAAUUUGAUGUCCAAGGAUAACCUGAUUGUACCAAUUUUAGAAGAGGAAGUUCAGAAUUCAGUUUCUGGGGAGAGUGAAGCAUGAAGGGAAUCAUAUAGAAAAAAUGUACUAAGCAUAAAAUUAACUUUCAUUAUGUACUGUAUAUAUAUAUCAUUUUAGACAUGUCAAUCAUGUAUCCAUAUUAGAGCCUCUUUGUUUAGGAUAUAGGUUUUUGUAUGCUGAGUGUUGCCUUUUAAAAUGGGGAAAAACUUUUUAAGUUAUUCAUGAGCUGUAUAUUCACUGGUGUGGCACUCAUGGUUUUUAAAUAAGAUUAGUAUUAUCUGUUUAUAAUGCUUGUUAAUAAAAGAAUUUACAGUUUGGUAAAAUUGCUGCUAAACAAUCAUUGGAUCACAAUCCUCAUCAAAUAAACCCAUCUAUAAAAAGAUGAGUGAGCUUGAGGUUUCACACAAGCCAUUUGCUAAAGAAAUAGUAAUGUUUUCCUUUAGUUUUGCCCGAGUUUAGAUAGUCUAGAAAAUUCUGUAGUACAUAGUUCAGUCUUAACUGCUAACUUUUCAAAAAUGAGAUAAAAGUUUUAAAAAUCUGUUUAUAGUUUUUGAUAUACAUUUAUGAUCAUGUGUAUAUCCAAAUAUAAAUCCAAUGAAGCAUUAGUAAUACUGAAAUAAUCUUAAUACUACAUAAAGUAUAUUCUGGACCCACAUACUUGGAAAGGAUUUACCUUUUUGCAACAGUGGACUGUUACAUACAAGACGGUGAUAAUGAUAGGUGUGUGAAUGAUGCUCCCACUGGAAACCUACCCUGUCCUUCCCUUCUCAUUGCUCUUAAUACCCACAUCCCCUCCCCACCUCUGCACUAAACUGCAUUAGCUGAGAAGCUUUUCACCAGACUGUGAUUUAGUGGUGGCUUAUACCUAUUUAUAUUGUAUUAAUUGCUUACAGACUUAUACCUCAUGUUAGCAAUUACACUACAGGAAAAAUGUAUUGGCAUAGGCUCUUAUUUACCUUUGUUUUACAAAAUUGUUCUAACUACUUGGAAAACAGUUUUUUUAAAUAGCUUGACUCAUUCUGUUAGUAAUGUUACUCUAACUAUCAAGGCAGCAUUUAAAUUGAGUUGAAAAAUAUUGUAGUAUUUAUUUUUAUGACCUUACCCUGCAAAGUGUAUGUUUGAAUUAUAUGCACGUAACAUUUUUUUGCAAUUAUUUACAGGUUCCAAGGGUGUUGAUGAAUAGUCAUACGCUUUUUGAACUUUGUUAUAAUUCAGUGUAUAACAAGGAUUCAAAUGCAGAUUUUACAAUCUUGUGAUUUACUGAAUGCAGUUUUUAACAAAGCACUGGAGGUCUGGUUGUUAAACUGGUUGCAGUGAGGCACUAAGAUAGGCUACAAAAUUGUACAUGUAGCAAAGAAAAUACAUAAAUCCAUCUCUUGAACAGAAUUAACAAACACGUGGAACUUUUUUUCCACUUAAAAUAGUUAUUUUGAAAUGAAGAUGCGAAUGUAUUCAUCUUACUUGAUUUGUGUUUUUCAAAUUUGAGGAAAUAUUUUAUAUCAUCUAAUGAGUACAGCAAACAUGUAGGAAAUAGUAACAUACUGAGAGUGUGUAUAUAUACUUACUAUGCCUAACCCUACCAGUAUAUGUGAUUGUGGAACAGUGCUAUUCUAGCAGCCAGUCAUUAUUUUACCACAACCCACAACUGUCUUUUAAGAAGUCUUAUGGUUAUAGUGAAAGGAAUGUUGACUUUGGAAUUAUACAUUUAUAUUAAUGUCACUAUAAACCAAUGGGAAUAUUAAUUUUUACACAAACUUGCUAAAUACUGAGAGACUAAACUACUAAGUUAAUAAAUUAUAUAUAGCAAUAUAGCUGUUCUCUCUAUCAGGGGUGUCCAACCUGUGGCCCAGGAUGGGUAUGAAUAUGGCCCAACACAGAAUUGUAAAUUUACUUAAAACAUUACUUAGUUUUAUUACUUAAAGAUGUAUAUUUUCUAUAUUAGUGAUCACAAACGAUGCUAGACGAUUUUAAAAGAUUAUUGAAAGGGCCGCUGCAUAAUUAGGGUUAUUAUGUGAGGACUUUUUUGCUUGUCUGUGGUGGCAGAUAUCAUGAAAAUUAUGCAUGGACCUUUUUUUUUUUUUUUAUCAUCAGUUUUCAUUAGUGUUUGUGUGUUUAAUAUGUGGCCCAGAGACGCCAAAAGGUUGGACACCCUUGCAUCUAGAUGGUGACUCAAUGGAUUUCUGUUGCAGUGGCUGGGAUUGGUAGUCUGGCUAAGUAUCUUGAAACACAUUUUGAAUAAUAUGGCUUAGUGUUAAUGGGGAAAUAAAAUGUUUUUUUCUUACUUAUUCCAUCUUCCCUGUGCUGUGUUUGGAAUUGAUUAUUAAGUAAACAAACAAACAAA